CACGGGCGCGAUGAAAUUCUAUCCGGGGUUGGACUUCCAUUCCUCUCGAAAUCCAUCAAUAGGCAGUGCGCAGUACACCGUCUCCGACCGCCAAGGCUUGUAACUUCUAUUACGACUCUACCAGAUAUAUCACACAUGCACAACGACUACCCAUACGUGCUAUAGAGAGGCAGAUAGCAACUCCGAGACACAUCCUGGAACGUGCCAAAGGCUUGUUGACAAGUACUGGCAUACCCACGCUAGCUGCGCAGGAAGCACUACAAAUUUUCGCACCGGACCCGUCUUCAGACAGGGGAAUGGCCUUACACACGAAACACUUGGAUGAUGGGAAUGGGACGCUAAGAGAUUCUAUGAUAGGUUUUCUCAAGGCGAAAACGGCUCCAAUUGUCAAGUCUAUUCGAUCGAGGAGUCAAGAUGCUCGCCGUAAUAGGAAGGACGAUCAUUGUCUUCCUCUUUGUGACUCAAUGAGUACGCCUAGCACAAUCUUGUCAUCAGAAGAGCAAUCGACGACGACGCUUGCCGUGCCCAAUUUACCAGGCACAACGGGCUCUGAUAUCGCACCAUCCGCACAACGCAUCGCUGAAAAGUCAUCCAUGGCCGACGGAACGGUUCCUCUACUGCUAAGAGAAGGAGUACAUAUGACAAAAAUAUCUCCUGGAAAACAGAAGAGCUAUAUAUUUAAACUCGAUCCUGAUCAAGGUCAGAUCAUAUGGCAAUCCAAGAAACUGCGUAUCAGUAUGUACUUUGACCUGCGACUCUCCUCUGGGCUGUUGACAUACCGAACCAUUGCAGUUCCUAUCGAGAAUAUCAAGGAGCUUCGCUUCUCAUCUGACGCCCGCUAUUAUCGCCAACAAUUCCAACUUGCGCAGGAUUAUGAAGAUAGAUGGAUUACCAUCAUCUACAUUCUCAAUGGCGCCUAUAAAACCCUUCACCUGAUCUCUUCAACUAAGGAUGUAUUCCGCAUGUGGGACAUCACACUGAGGAAGCUUUAUGCAAUACGCCAAGAACUUAUGACGGGUCUUGGGAAUGAGGAGAUCAGACGUGCGAUCUGGGAGAAGCAGUACUGGACGGCAUCGGAUGAGUCGAGCGACCAGAAGUUGCGCUUUGAUGAAGUGGAGAAGCUCUGCAGACGCCUUAAUGUUAAUACUUCGACAGAGGAACUAAAGCGACUGUUCAAGCAAGCAGACACGAAGUGCCAAAGUUUUCUUGACUUCUCUGGCUUUCAGCGCUUCGUCAAACUGCUCAAGGCGCGCCCAGAUGUCACCCUGUUGUACAAGAGACUAUGCUACAGCAACGACGGGCAAUUUGAUUUUAGCGUCUUUGAGCAUUUCAUGCGUAAUACUCAGAAGUCUACACUGUCCCGCCAGGAACUCUUAGAACUGUUCGCGCAUUACGCUAAGAAACCGGAUGGUUCAUCGGAUGCCAGCCCACCACAUUCCCCACCCUCGCCCGAGGGACCCGCAUCUCCGCCCGCAAGAUUAUUUUCUCCUCCAUUGUCUACUUCUCCCCCGUCCGAUACUGUGAUCUCACAGGCACUCACAGCUCCCAUCGACGUAUCAGUGGCCUAUGUAACUCACAAACUUUCUGCAUCUUCUCGGUCUCCCAAACUGGUCAUGUCACUUGAUGGUUUUACCUCAUUUCUUUUGUCUUCCGACAAUUCAGCUUUCAUAGAGCAGCAAGGCAAAGUGUGGCACGAUAUGACGCGUCCACUUUCGGAGUAUCUUAUCUCUUCCUCGCACAAUACAUAUCUUAUCGGCAACCAACUCGUUGGUUCUAGUACAAUCGAGGGUUACAUCCGGGCUCUUCUGCACAGUUGCCGUAGCGUCGAGAUUGACGUUUACGAUGGUGAUAGUGGGCCGAUGAUAUUUCAUGGAAAGACAUUCACUUCUAAAGUUCCAGUGAGAGAAGUGUGCGAAGCCAUCGCAAAGUACGCUUUCGUUACGUCUCCAUACCCCAUCAUCAUAUCUGCCGAAAUCCACUGUUCGGUGCUGCAACAGGAGAUGAUGGUAGAGGUCAUGCGCGAUGUAUUCCAAAAUGCACUUAUCAGUGCACCUCUGGAAGGACGCCCAACGCUAGAAGUUCUCCCAAGUCCGGAGCAUUUGAAAGGGAAGGUGCUAUUGAAGGCAAAGAACCUCUAUGUCUCAGAGAACGAAUCUAUUCGUACGAAAGAAGUCAGCAUCGACAUGGACUCCUCUUCUACCGAAACAUCCACAGACUCAGAUGUUGUUCAAGACAUCAGGGACGAACGGAUAAGGCCAAAGGUCUUUGAAAUGGACGCUAUCAACGAGGUAAAGGACGAGUUAAAGAAGGCCCGCGGUCUAUUUGAUCGUGUUCGCAGUGGACAUUCCCACAACAUGUCUGGCGUAGCUGCUCUUACUGUGCCAACUGUGACCUCUAUAGCGACGUCUGAGCCCCCUGCUCGACCGGAAUUUCGCGACGUCAGCAAAGUUAAGAUGUCGAUCGCUGUCGCGAGCCUCCUUGUAUACACCGUUGGUGUCAAGUGCCGAGGUAUUAACAAGAAAGAGCACUACGCACCAGAACACAUGUUCUCUCUGUCAGAGAAGACGGCUAACAAGGUGAUGAAGCAAGGAACGGUAGAUCUUAUCAAGCACAAUAGGACACAUCUAGUUCGACUGUAUCCAAAAGGCUCAAGGGUGAACUCGUCUAAUUACUUGCCUCAUCGCUAUUGGACUGCUGGCGCGCAGCUCGUGGCUAUUAACUGGCAGACGUUCGAUCUGGGUUACAUGAUCAACCAUGCCAUGUUCCAGCGAAACGGACGAGCGGGCUACGUCUUAAAGCCCCUGGCCCUCCGUACACAUGACAAGGAGUUGCUAUCUCGUUAUACUCAACAUUCGCUUGACAUAGUGGUCAUCUCCGCUCAACAGCUACCUCGUCCGAAAGACUCCCUCGGGCACGAGAUCAUGGAUAAGUCCAUGGUAGACCCAUACGUUGAAGUUUCCAUCCACAUUCCCGACUGGCCUCACGCCUCGCAUCACCAUUCAUCCUCUUCUCCUGCAACCCCUCCACCUUCCUCAACUGGUUCUACUGGCCGACUGCUAUCCAGACGCACCAAUUCAGUCAAGAACAAUGGCUUCAACCCUGUUUGGCAGGAGGCACUGAGCCUUCCAUUCGACUGUGUUGGCGACAUGUUUGAUUUGAUCUUUGUGCGCUUCGCGGUGCGCAGGGAUGGCGACAACGAUGAAGAGCCGAUUGCCGUAUAUUGCGUUAGCCUCGGAAGUUUGGCGAUGGGCUACCGUCAUCUACCCCUGCACGACACGCAACUCUCGCAGUAUCUCUUUUCCACUCUUUUCGUAAUGUGUGCUAUCAACUAAAGUUACCUCCAACUUCAUUGGCCUCGUGUUUAGUUUCACAAUCGGAAUAUAUCACGCAGUAGGAAUAGGCAACUUAGAUCAUUAAUUGUGUGGUAGUCAAGAUAUAUAAAUAAAUUGCGUACACACUCCAGUGGACAUCAUACAAUUCAGAGAUAACGAUGACAGGUAGACUUCCAAGAGCAUGCAAGAUGGUAACAGUAGAUGAAGGAUAUAAACACCGGUUGAUAUAGA